AUGGACAACCCCAAGUUUGGCAAUGAAUCGGUGGUACAUGCGAUACAGGACGCCACCAGUGCUUGGGCCAAGGAGAUGGCACUUGAAGAUUUGUUACAUGAGACGACUUUCCAGCAAGCUUUUCUGGAGCGAGCUCAGCUGGCCCUUCUCGUUGCGAUGUCAUUCCCAGCGCAUGUAUACUGUUUUGAAGGGCAAUUCUUUCCAAAAGCCGUUGAUGUGGUGUAUUACAACGAGGCAUUGGCGACCCCAGCGGAAGGACAGCCACCCAUCUUGGAUCCAGAUGUUCUGUUGUCGCCAUAUCUUCGGUUUGACCCAGGUUAUCAGAUACCGCAAAGGUCAAGAAGAUCUUUAGCGCUAGGUUCAGGCUUCUCAAGAGGUGUGACGGAUGCAAAUGCUGUCGUCGCAUUGGGUGUGGCCCUUUGCGAGAUCGGCGCAUGGAAGGCAGUUUCGCGAAACAUCUUUAAGGAGAUGACAAAAAUGGCCGAGGGUUCCCUCAAUGAAGUGUCGCAGCAAGCCGGUCAGAUUUCCUGCAAUAUCAGCCGGAAAUGUCUGAAGUGGGCGGCUCCUUCGCUCAACAUCAACUCUCAGACGACAAAAGAAUUGGAAAAUAUUGUUGCACGCUCCAUCGAGUCUCAGAGAACAUAA